CGUAGAAAGCCUAAUGAAAAGGGACAGCCUGGUUUUACAGUCUGGCAGGAGGAUAGCACUGAGAUUAGGGGAUUGAGCAAAAAGCCGGCGUGCAGAAUUGCGGGUUUUUAUAUAAUGGCUUUAGGAAGUAUCCUUUAGGACCCAGUGGAAAUGUUCAGUGAGGCAAACUUGGUGAGUAAUGGCCAAUCAUUAAGCGGUGAUGAGGGAAAAGCGCUGAGUGCGAAGCCCCUGAGAGGCUGUCGAAUGCAUCAGGCCGGGAGCGCAGCGUUUCUGCCGCUGAUAGCCGACCAACGCGACACGCCAGAAUUAGACUCGAUUCAAUGUUUAAACCUGGGGGGACUUGUGCUGCAGGAGGUCACUGGAACGCAGACUGCCCGGCUCCCAUUUCCAGCAAGAUGCCUUAUUUUGCAAAACUCCUUUUAUUAAUCUUCUGCUUAGUUCUUCUUGUGGAAAGCAGAAAGCACAGGAGGAGGAGGUGGACGAGCCAUCUGGAUGUGCAGAGGGCAAGUCAUAUCUUGAAGAGGAAUCGUGACUUGACCAAGGCUUGGAAAGGAAAGACAGAGCAGCUUCUCAGAGUCAACGAACAUGACUUCACCAUGCGGCCAGCCUUCGGAGGCCCUGCAAUUCCUGUUGGGGUGGAUGUGCAAGUUGAAAGCUUGGACAGUAUUUCUGAGGUUGACAUGGAUUUCACUAUGACCCUGUACUUAAGGCACUACUGGAAGGACGAGCGCCUCUCGUUUCCCAGCACCAACAACAAGAGCAUGACCUUUGAUGGCAGACUGGUGAAGAAGAUCUGGGUCCCUGAUGUCUUCUUCGUGCAUUCCAAGAGGUCCUUCAUCCACGACACCACCACGGACAACAUCAUGCUGCGAGUGUUCCCUGAUGGGCACGUCCUCUACAGCAUGAGGGUGACAGUGACAGCGAUGUGCAACAUGGACUUCAGCCACUUCCCCCUGGACUCUCAGACAUGUUCUCUGGAGCUGGAAAGCUAUGCUUACACUGAUGAAGAUCUGAUGCUGUAUUGGAAAAAUGGGAAUGAAUCUCUGAAAACUGAUGAAAAAAUUUCUUUGUCUCAAUUUUUGAUACAAAAGUUCCACACUACAUCAAGACUGGCUUUCUACAGUAGCACAGGGUGGUACAAUCGACUCUACAUAAAUUUCACUUUACGGCGACACAUCUUUUUCUUCCUGCUCCAAACCUACUUCCCGGCCACUCUCAUGGUCAUGUUGUCCUGGGUGUCCUUCUGGAUAGACCGGCGAGCAGUUCCUGCCAGAGUCUCUUUGGGGAUAACCACCGUGCUGACCAUGUCCACGAUCAUCACUGGGGUGAAUGCCUCCAUGCCUCGUGUUUCCUACAUCAAGGCAGUGGACAUUUACCUGUGGGUCAGUUUUGUGUUUGUCUUCCUCUCCGUGUUGGAAUAUGCAGCUGUGAAUUACCUGACAACAGUGCAAGAGCGAAAGGAGAGGAAAUUGCGUGAGAGGUUUCCGUGUUCAUGUGGAAUACCUCACUCAAAAACUAUGAUGCUGGAUGGAAACUACAGUGAAUCUGAUGCCAACAGCCUGGCAGGGUACACAAGAAACCAGAUGGUACCAGAAGAAGAAAAACCAGAGAAGAUGGUUGUGCAUUUAGCUAUGAGCAAUGAAUCUAAUUCAUCAAGGAAGAGAGGUCUGAAGGGCCACGUGGGCUUGCGCAUCAUCCAGAACACUCACGCAAUUGAUAAAUAUUCAAGAUUAAUAUUCCCAGGCACCUAUAUAUUUUUUAAUUUGAUAUAUUGGUCUGUCUUUAGCUAGGCAUGCUGGCACAGCAGUGACUGAAUCAGAAGACAUCUAUGAAACACUUAGAAGAGUUGGUACUUUUUUGUCUAAUCUGGACACUGAGCUAAAAUCUGAUAAUUUUAUUGCUUUUUUGAAGGAUAAAUGGGAGGACACAUCCUCCAGGAGGCAAUUCCAUGUGCAGGCCUCAUGGAGGGACUUGCUGUGCUGGUUGGUUUCCAGCCCACCCCCUUGCUCCUGUGUGCUUUAUGACACAUGCCAUUUCUCAUACUUGAAAAUAUGUGUCCACCAUAUACCCAAAAGGUGCUGGAUGCUUAUUUGGGGCUGGCCACGCUAGUGGUGCCUGCUGUGCAAUGGACAACCAAAGACAGUGCUCAUGUGAGCUGUAAGGAAUUAAAUAAAUGCAACUUGUGUGGGGAGGUCUGGACAGUGCUUCUCCUGUUGAGAACAUUCUUUUGUUUUUUCUUUGGCAUAGAAACAUAACUUUUUCCAUUGUUUUGUGAAGAACACCUCCUUUAAGGUUAGAAAUUCUGCUUUCUGUCUGGAUAGGACCUUCAUCAGUACCAUUAGGACAGCGGGCUGGCCAGGAUCAGCUGGGCUGGUUGCAGAGCACAGGUGGUAUGUUUGAGUCAGAGGGGUUCUUUCCUAAACUACAAAGUGCAGCCCACAGACAAACUGUACAUCCCAAUGUGCCUCUCCCAAUCAACACAAUGCCCUUCUGUUCAGGCAUUUGGGAUCAAAAGGGAUACGUGUCUGCCAGAGCCUCUCUGCAGAAACAGAGGCAUGUCAGAGAUUAAAUGGCCAAGAAUAAUACUGUGGGUCUAAGGUCGAUGUAAGUCCUUUGAAGCUGCUGCACAGCAUUGUAACAAGCUUAUGUGCUUGGCAGCUCUUUUCCUAUCCCGUGAUAUCUCCCUUUCCUUUGCUAAGAACACUGACAGCAAAGCCCAAAUGUAGAAACAUGAUAGCAACAAGAUGGUGAUGCUCAGGUUUCUGUGCUCCUUAUUUUAAGAGAACACCAUGACUUUUUGGCUGUCAUGGAGAUUAUGUACAUCAAAACAUUUGUUUACCAAGCUGAACCUGAGCAGUGGGGGCAGAACUUGAAGUGUGAAGAGCCAGGACUAAGGUUAGAAUAAAGAAAAAGCAAACAAAAAUAGUGAUGUAACCAUAAUUAUUUGUCAGCACACUAAAUCUUAUGCUUACCACAGCAGGAAUUCUUACAUCCUAAAUCUCAGGGGAUGUAGAAAGUAGCAGAGAAAUGUCAGCUCUUGGCUGUUAACAAUACCCAGGUUUUCCCUUGUGCCUCAAAUAUUACUGCCUAAGUCAAGCUGAUGAUGGCACUGAUUUAGUGGAAACAAAAUUUAUGAGAGAAGCUAAAAUUAACAACUAUGUUCCCUUUAAUCAGUCAUGUUAAUAACUGGCAUGAAUGGAGUUCUGUCUGGUUAUAAAAGUAAGGAACCACAGCCCUGAAAUUGCUGUCAAGAAGAGGCAGGAUUGCCCAGGCUGCCACUUGUCUCCUGAGCCCCCAGCUCAGUGUAUUUACCAUUCAUUGCUCAUGGAGCUGAAACCUGGAUACUUCUCACACUGACAGGUGGAGAUCACUACAAGAAAGACACAAAAAUUUUUAAAGAAAUAGACCACUCAUCUUUUGAGAGGUUAAAGCCUGGGCAUAACAGUGCAUUCUUCAGUAUUAGCAGUUUUGAGUGUAAAACAGGAGCCAGUGUCCCAGCUGGCAGCAGGACAGUUGCAGCAAAGGGACUUUUGGUGGGGAAAGGCAGCAGAACUAUACCAUGAAGCCACCAGAGUGCUCAGGGAGUGAGCAACUUGGUUCCUGUGCACCCCUGUUUAGCCAGUCUUUCGGCAUUACCCAUGGCACAUGCCAUUUAACCUCGCAGUGCCUCAGCUCCUCCAUCUGCAAAGUGAGGAGCACUAGGAUUUGCCUACCUCAUAAGGUGCCGAGGGCUCAACAGGCUUAGACAGUUCGUGUGUGGGGCAUGCUUGUGAUUUCUGAGCAGGUCACCCAGGGGGAAUCCAAUUCUGUACUAGUUACCAGUGAGUUCUUCAAAUGCAUCCUCUGAACCAGUCCAGCUGGAGGAAAGCAGGUAUCUCUCCUGCCUUAUGUGCUAUUACAACUCCCCUGCAUUACAGUGAUAUUAAACCAGGGAUAAAUGUAGACAAACAGCCAAAAAGUGAGCACUUUUGAUUAAUAAUACAAACCCCAGGAAGUCCUAGUGCUUUACUUUGGCAUUUCUUUUUAUUACAUCUCCUGUUCCCUUAGAAGUUACAUGAUGGCAAAGAUGUCCUUCAGGUCCUAUCAUCUCUGUACUAGAAUACUACUAGAGUAGUAUUCCCAGCAGUACUAUUCCCAGUAAUCUUAAUGUCUAAUAGGCAUCUUUUGGAGAAGAUACCAUACUGUUAUUUUAUUUGCAUGUGUACAUAAUUUAUAGAAAUUGCUGCCUGCUUUUGUCAGCCUAUAAAACCAUCAAGAGGGUAUUUUUCUGCUAAAGCAAAAAAAAAAAAUCCCUCCUCUACCUUAGGCAUUACUUAAGCUCAUUAUUAAUUGAAACAGUAAAUUAAAAAUAUAGGUGCAAAUAAAGCCAAGACUUCUCCUUCAGUCAGCAUUAUGAAUCAUACUUUUCUGUUUAUUCAGAGGAGAGUGGCUAAGCAUGAAGCUAGAAGAAAUAAUUGAAGUGUGGUAUUGACAAUGUAUUUCACCUUUGAUUUCUCCUGGAUUACAAGAAACUCCAUGAGCAUUGUGUAACUUCCAGUUGCCAGAUGCCAAAACCAGUGUUUUGAGAAAGAGUGCCUGAAGCUGGGCUCUGAAUGCUGUUUGAUGGAUACAACCCAAUUCUGUGAAGCAGAAUUGCAUUUUCUGUGGACAGAGAACGAGAAGGAGAGGGUUUUCAGAAGAGCACAGGAGAUUUAGGCAAAUUGAGGUCGCUGAUGAAAAUGCCUUCUCUGGACAACCUGGUCCAAUUGUGAAGAGAGAAAAUGUCAGCUCUGCUCAUUCUAGGUCUGGCUCCAUCAUAAUUUUACUUCUAACCAAAUCAUGUCUUCGAUAAAAAAUAACUAUAUAGAUAUGUGCACAUAUGUAUAAUGUGUAUGCAAGUAUAAUGUAUAACAAAGGAACACACUGGAAUGUGUGCCUAUGUUAAAUAGUGUCCAUAUGUGAAAUUGUAACAUAUUGUAUGUAAAUUACCAUUUAUUAUGCCCAGAAAACUUACUAUGUUGGAAAGGAAAAAGGCUCUUAUUGUCAGUCAAGAGCCAAGAAAUCAGGUAUUGGCAAAAAUAUGGGUUCUCUCACUUUUUUUUCCCUGAAAAAGGAGGUGUUGAGAAGGUUACAAGCAAUGCUGAUGCUAAACUUGUGCAGUGGGUACAAUUCACUGUGCUGAUUGCUGUAAUCAAACCUGGUAAUAAAAUAACGGAUGGAA